AUGUUUGUUGGUCACACCGAGACCCAAUAUCAUAUUUCGGAAUUAUCGGAUACAGCAACAGUUCUUCUCAUUGAUUUUCCCACAGCACCACGUGUAUCAACCCAUGGGUUAUACGAGCAUGAUCUCAUGUAUGAAAAAUUGAGAGAAAAGAUGAAUGAAAAACGAAGAAAAGCAAAGCCUUUCGCUAUGAAGUUUGAGGUGAUCCAUACAUUUGGUCAUUGGAACAAGGAGGCUGGUCAUUCAAAUCAACAUUUUAACUGGCCGUGGGAUGUAAAGAUUAGUUAUAACCAUCAAUGCAUACUGAUAGCAGAUAAUAGUAAUUGUAGAAUUCAAGUAUUUGAUUUGCUUUCCAAAGUGUACAAAAAAACAAUCUCCGUGAUGAGCCCGUUUUAUUUAUGCAUUGAGGAAAAUUAUGAUAGUAGAGGAAAUGAUGCUUUGAUUUAUGUGACAGGAAGUUGUAUCAUUCACAAACACGAUUUACGGCAAUUGCUAGAGACUGGGAAUACAAACCAAACAAUUUGGCGCUCUGAAUUGUUAAGAGUUCCUAGAGGGAUAGCUAUUCACCCUGUUUUGAAACAACUUUUUGUGAGCGAAGUGACAGCACGAAUAAUAUUAAUUUUGAGCUUGGAUACUGGAAAACUAAUUUCACAAUUUUCCGUGGAAAAUCAACCUUGGGGAUUGGCUUUCACUGACGAUAAUGAUUUGAUUGUGAGUGAAACGUCACCACAGCACAGAAUUGAAAUAUUUAGAAAGCUUGGGAAGGAAUGGACAAGUGUUCAUACUUUUGGACGAGAAGGACAUGCACACGGUGAGCUUAGUCAUUGCUAUUCGGUAAUCUAUGACAGAGCUGCCCAUCACAUUAUUGUGAGUGAAUACAACAAUGACAGAAUUCAAGUAUUCACCAAGGAUGGACAAUUUCUAAAUGCAUUUACUGGAUUCCAGACACAAUUUCUUAAAUGGCCGAACGGCUUGUGCUUGAAUGAGCUAACAGGAGAGCUUUACUGUUGUGACUCUCAAAACAAUCGAGUGAUUUCUUUCAAAUAA